GUACGCGUCGGGCAUAGAUCGGCGCAUCCCUGGCUGGGCAAAACAUGACGAGUUAUAUCUGUUAAGGCUGUUGGUCUUGCCAACAGCGCCCCACAAGAUACCAACCGAGCAGUUGUGUUUUUCCUUCUUUCCCUUUUCUCCCUCCUCUUUUCAACCUCCUCUCUCGGAGGGAGGCUUGGUGUAGCUGGUACUUAAUCUCUAAUACCUACGUUUAAUCCUUUCUGCCGACUGUGCCGUACCACUUUCCCGCGAUGGCCUCAUCCCGAGUCGAACUUGGGCUCUCAUGCCCGGCUAGAGGCCAUUUCUACGUGUGUAAUACAGCUAGGGUCCGCUUCAUCGGGUGCUGUACCAUCGACCCCUGCGCCGACGGGAGUGGUGUAUGUCCUCAGACAGCUCUGGCCGCGGCGAGCUUCUCAUCCGCUCAAUACGACCGCAUUCCGGCACAGAGCUGCGAUGCACCGGGCGGUAGCAACAGGUGGUUUACUUGCGUAGGCUCGCAACCCUUCCUAGGCUGCUGUGCGGCCCCGAUCAACCCGUGUCAGAGCCAGGGAUGCCCAAGAGGGAGCCUCCUCCCAGCAACGUUAAGUAACAAUACCGAAGACGCCCAAGUAUUUCUCGGCAUCGCGGAAUCGGCGACGCCUACGCCUACGCCUACACCUACACCUACACCUACACCUAUACCUACGCCAGAGCCCUCCGAAUCCCCGGAGUCCUCCUCCCUUCCCCUGGGUGCGAUAUUAGGCAUUGCCCUCGGAUGUACGGCGCUAGUUGUGAUCCUGCUCGUCAUUCUGGCCUACAGAUUAGGCUGGCUAGCAAGGAGUAGAAAGCACGAGAAGGAAGUCGACGAGGCAGACAAACAUUACGGCCCCCAAGGAUUGUGCUCUCCCGGCAUGGCGCGAUGGCCAGAUGGGAUCCAAACUGGUCCUUCUAGCCCCGCAUUCCCAAGUUCCGGACACCCGAGUCACAGCUUCUCACCCUAUUCUCCCAACCAACACCAACUCACGCACGAACAACAAGCACAGUCGCCACCGCUCUCAGACUCGUACCAUGGGGGUAACCGACAUAUGUCACAGAUGUCGGAGCUCAGCGGUUGGAGCGUGACGGGAGACCCGAAGCACGUUCACACUCCGCUGCUGGCCCCGACGGAACUCGACGGGCGGGAGGUGCCCCGGCCUCUAACGACCGAGCUCACAACACACAGGCGUACAAUGGAGGGAUUUCCUUAGUAUGGCGUAAAUAUCUCGAGGCGGAGUUCGGGACCAGG